AUGGGCAAGGUUAAGCAGGGUGUUGUGUUCAUUGACACAGAUCUCAAGAUGGAUUUGAAGGGUGUGAAGACAGCGAUUCAAGCAGGGAUCAAAGAAGUCAUUGAGAUAUUGGGAGUUUUGAGUUUGGAUCAGAAAGUGAAGAGUGAUUUGGGGGCGUUGAAGCAGAGGAUUAGUGGGCUUGCUACAGGUGUGGAUAAUGAUAAGGCCGGCGGUAGUAGUAUUGUUGGUACGCAUUUGCAUGAUCUUGAUGAGGCGAAAAGUACGUUCAACCAGAAGAUUCAGCCAAUUCAACAGGAGACUGGAAAGCUUCAACAGAAUUUUGAUAACCAUAUCCAAAGUCCACUGAACUCUGCUGUCAGUGCAGUUGACAAGGCGAUUGGGACACUUGGCGGGAAGUUUGAUUUAACGAGUGGCAAAGAUAAAUUUGAAAACAUUUUAAAUAAGAUUAAAGGGGAGGUUGCGGCAAUUAAGGGUGACGGAAGACAGAAAAAGGGCCUCGAUGGGAUUGUCGCGAAAGUGAAGGACCUUGCUGAGCAUUUUGUCGACGAUCGGAAGCCUAAUCAUAGUUUUAAGGCUAGAGUAGAGGGGUGGCUGGAAGGUAUAAUAGGGAAUGGGAAGACGGAAAGGGAUAAGAACCAUAAGCCAGGGUUCAAAGCCGUGAACUCUUGGCUUGUGCUGAAUAAUGGCAGGGUUGGGAGGAAUGGUGACGAUCUUAAAGUUCAAGUUAAGAAUAAGAUUAGGGAUGAGAUUGGAACCCAAAUUAAUGCAGCUCAGACGGAGAUGGAUAAGGCAAGAGACAAGAUUGACGGCAACGGCAUCACAGAUAAUUUGAAAGCUAUCAAGGGGGCUUGCGAUAAAUUUGUCGACGCGCUCGACGGCGAACUGACGAAGGACAAAAAUGGUGCGCUUGCCACUAGGGUUAUCCAAGGUAUUCAGAGUCACCUUAGACCCAACAACACCGAUAAUUUCACCACCGCCGUUAAACACGCCCUCGUUGCGCUCUGCACCGCUGUCAAGACUGUGGCUGACGAACUCAAUUCCCUAGGCAUCGGCAAGUUUGGCGAUAUUUUGGAUAAAAUUAAGCCGACGGUUGAUGGGCUUUACAAAGCGCUUAACGAGGCGACACAUAAAUCCACCGACCCAAAGGAGAGCCCCGCCAAAGCCGUUGACAAGAGGUUGGAGGAUGUGAAGGAGAAGGUUUCAACCCUUGAAAAAGAUUUUAAGAGCGUCAAACUAGAGCUUCAGACUCAAGUUGAACAGCUUCCCGGCGCCGUUAAAGAUUUCAACGAUGUAGCCGAAGCACAGAUCAGGGAAGCCGCCAAGACGGCGAUUGGGGAGGCGGCUGAUCAAAUCGAGAUGGACAAGAGUGGUAUAAAAGUAGACACAGUGAUGCCCAUAUUUAACAGUCAGUUCACUACGAUUAAAGAUCCCGAUCGCGGUCUCCAAAAGCAGCUUAAUGAUGAAGUUGAUACUCACAUUGGGCAGGAUGAUCAGUCAGGUGGUCCAACUGGUAAAGUGACGCUUUCAGUCCUUUUUGAGAAAUAUAUUAAGCACGUUGUGCCAGGAAAAGUGUCCGAUCCAAAUGGCUUAAAAGGCCAGGAUAGCGAAGGCCUUCUUCCAGGGGCGAUCGGGAACAUCAAGACAGUGGGUCUGGCAGCGCUUAAAAUCAUCGAACCAAAUGGCGGUGCCGGACAAAAUAAGAUUAAUACCAAUACUUUCACCGGCCCGUUCGACGAAAUUACAAAACAGCUUGAAGAGAUCAGGAAAUUGGUUGAUCGUGAUGGCGGUGAUGACGAUCAUAAAGGUGUCAUGAAAUUGUUGAAGAAGCUGAAAAAUGGGCUUGAAAUAGAGAAGUUGAGUGAUGUAGCUGGAAAACGUCUCCAAGCAAUUUAUGAUGAGAUUAAUAGGCUGCAAGAACAGACGUUUGGUAAAAAACCUGAUGAAAUUCAGGGAGCCGUGACAGCAAUUAAGACGGGGCUUAAAGAGCUUAGAGGGAAGUUGCAAGACUAA